AUGGAUUAUUAAUUACCCUCAUUAGCAGAUCCAUUCACUUGGGUCUCAUAUAGUAUUUUAGGCAUCUUAGUAGGUUUAUCAUAAGCUGGUGGUAUUGGUGGUGGUCCAAUCAUAUCUCCAGUAAUGAUGGUUUUAUUAGGAUGUCCAAGUAAAAAAGCAAUAUGGAAUACUUAUAUUAUGCUUUUAGGAGGAAGUCUUGGCAAUUUCUUAAGAUUGGGAAAAGAAAGAGUAUAAAUUAUAUUUAAUAUACUAUAGACUCCUAAUGGAAGUGCUCCAUUGAUAAAUUAUUAAUUGGUUUAAAUAACAUUACCAUUGUUAUUAGCUGGAGCCAUUUUAGGAGUAGCUACAGGUAAAUGGUUACCAAAAUUAAUCAUUGUGAUCUUUUUGUUUGGUAUUUUAUUGACAGUCUUUUUGAAAACAAAGAGUUUAUACUACAAAACUCGUAGUAAAGAAAUCAAUGAAUAACUCAUACCAGUUGAACUAAAGGAAUUAUAAAUUUAAAAAGAGAGUAAUCAUUCAAAAGAAUUGAAUAUUAUGAAGGAAAAGGAUGCAAGACUCUAUCCAAUUGAACCACUUACAGAAAUUAGUUUGACUAUUAUAAUUGUUAUUGUUGUAACAUUGUUAAAAGGAUCAGGAGCAGUACCAUCAAUUCUUGGGAUUGAUUAUUGUAGUAUAGGGUAUCAUUUGUUUAAUUUUGCUAUCUUUGGAAUAGCAUAUUAUAAUGUUUAAAGAUAUAGAAAAUUUAUAUCAAAAGAUGAAGAAUACAAAUAAUCUAUAGGAUAUGAUUUUGCAGAUGGUAAAAUGAGCUCUGUAUUUGAUGUCACAGUAAAAUCUAGUCUUUAUGCUGGAUUUUUAGGUGGAUUAGUUGGAUUAGGAGGAGGUGUAGUAUUAACUCCACUUUGGUUAGAAACUGGAAUUAAUCCUCCUAGAGCAGCUGCUUCAGCUACUUUUACAGUUUUAUUCACAUCUUCUAUCUCAGUAUUUAUUAUUGCUCUUUCAGGAGGUUAUUAACUGUCUGAAUUCAUUAUUUUAGGAGUAAGAAUAAUAUCAUUAUAUUUUAGUUAGUUUCUAGUUUUGGAAGUUAUUUAGUUGCAGGAUUUCUUAAAAAAAUAGUGAAAAAAUAUAAAAGAGAAUCUAUUUUAAUCCAAGUACUUCUAGGAGUUAUUGCAUUUGGAUUAAUGAUUCUUCCUUUUCAAUCUAUUAAAGAUGUUUAUUCAAAUCCACUUGGAGCUAUUUAAUUUGGUCGUUUAUGCUGA